CAUCAGUUGACGACCUGCUGUAGUUCUACACAAGACGAGAGUUCCUGAAGCUCGCUGCUCACGUUUUGUCAGUCGAGAAGUGGCGAGAAUGACCAUCAUGAGUAUCGUCUGGGCUCUGCUGCUUCUCGUCCAAACGGUUGUGGUCCAGGGCAGUUGCUAUGUGGACUAUGCUUACCGCGAUGAAAAGACCGGAAACCCUUUCUGCAUGUUAGACAACACCACCAGGAUUGAGGAGAACACGUGGUACCUCACCCCCGACUGCUUCAACUGUAGCUGCGGGAGAGGUUGGAUGUCUUGCUGCGGUGUUGGCUUUCAAGCAGGAGUGUUCCGCAUCCCUAAGGGCUUUAGAAUGCAGCUGGUCCCUCCCUGUGACUUCAUCAUCGUGCCUGAGUGAAAGUACAGGUCCAUUGCCAUGUAUGCACGGACACCAUCCCACUUUCUUUCUUUAUUUGUGUAUACAACUCAUCUUCCUCGUGCAGGGCUGAUGCUAAAUAUUUCUAGACAAGGAGUGUCAUCACAUUCAAAGUAAUAAAUAUUGAUAGUACUUAGCUGGUGAACCUCUACAUGCUCUACAUGUUAAAUCAGAUUGACCCUC